CGAUCCGUCUUCACUUGAACAUUGCAUUACACAACGCCAAGUAUUACUCUACUAAGACGGCAACAAAUACGCUCGGUUAUUGUAGCUGAUCAGCGGUUUGUUUUUAUAGCCACCCUGCAGCGACUCCUGAUUCCGUUGCUAAACGCCUCUUUUGAUUGGAUGAAGACACGUGCCAAUCGUAGUGGAGCUGACUAUCUUAACUGGUAAAGAACCUGUGACAACGACACCAACCGGCGUCAUAGAGUUCCGACUGCGGACCAGUCACUCAUUGAUCUAUAUGCCAAGAUCAAGACUCUAUUAGUACAUUUGUUGCGCGGUACAUAGGCAGCUCACUCUGUAUUGGCGAUUGGUACCACUGAAACGCGCUCUGUGCUGGCCAAUCCAACUUGACAAUGACGGAGAAACUGGAACACAGCGAUCGAAACUCUAACCAGCAAGACGAAAACGCCUCGCCAAAUAUCGAUAUAGACACCCACCAGGAGGAAAGUGACUACCUGGUGUCGGUUGACUCAGGAGAGGAGGAGACGAUGGAAAGUGACCGAAAUGAAGAGAAAAAAGUGGAUGAACAUGACGACAAUUCGAGAAACGUUGAGCAACAAAUGGACGCAGAGCAGGUGGAAGAAGAACAAGCCCAACAACAUACAGAUUUUUCUAUCGCCACCAUUCUGCGACCCGACUUUGGAAGGAAAAACAGAAGUUCACAAACUCAUGAACCUAGUAACCAAGACAGACAACAGUCUGGUGAAAACAAACAGAACGCAAACAACAAACGUACUGUGACAUACGAGAAACAGAAACGUGAGAGCGACGACACGACAAGUGAAUCCGGCGAGGAUGAAAAUAGUAAAAACGGCAAAAAACGGGACAUACUGUGGCCUGCAUGGGUGUAUUGCACGAGAUAUUCAGACAGACCAUCAUCAGGUCCGAGAUCACGUCGCCCGAAAAGUAAAGAAAAGCCUAGUGACGAGAAACGACCCCGUACGGCGUUCACGGCGGAGCAGCUCGAACGACUGAAAAGAGAGUUCGACGAUAGUCGCUACUUGACGGAGCAAAGAAGGCAGUCGUUGGCCAAAGAAUUGAAACUCAACGAAUCUCAGAUAAAAAUCUGGUUUCAGAACAAACGUGCCAAGAUUAAAAAAUCCACCGGCGCAAGGAAUACUUUGGCAUUACAAUUAAUGGCACAGGGUCUGUACAAUCAUUCAACAACAUGCACAAGCUCUACGCCUGAUGACGAUAUGCAAGAAUGAAUCGUAAUUGACGUCAUUAACUUACUACCCCACGCUUGGAAUACUAUCGCCUCUAAACCAGUACCCAACCAACCAACCAACUAUCCAUCCAUCUAUCCACCCAACCCUCUUAUAUGAAGGGAAGUAACGCAUUCCAUUGUAACAUAUGCAACCCCAACGUUGGCACUUCGUGAUGUGAGUUGUCGGGUUGGCUGUGAUCAACUCGGCGUUACCGGGCCCCAUCGGAUGUAAACUCGCUCCGCUGGUGAUCUCACGCAGCCCGUGUAUUUUCUUCUUCAUUCUUUCACGUAGUGUAGUAAUGAGGUGAAGGAGUUCAUUUAGACCAGAGCACAUGAUCAG